AUGAAUAGUGAAAAAACUUCAAAUUUUCGAAAAUUACUAUUCCCUGGAAAGUUCAACAAAACUCAACAGCUCCAAAAAUCUUUGGAUCGUAUGAAAAACAAUGUUCCAGAAAUUCCGACAGCAACGUAAGUGCUUCUUGUUUUGUUUUCAUUUCGAAAUCAGAAAAUAAUUUCAGUUAUCAUGAAAAUCUAGCCAAAUGUCAUAUGAAUCUGGGUAACACUUUGGAUGCUCAACGAGAGUUAUUGACUGCAGUGAAAUUAUGGAGGAAAACCAUUUCAAAAACAUCAAGAUUUUAUGAAUCUGGUGAGUGAAAGAUUCUUUUUUUUCCAGUGAUUGAUUUAUGAAAAAAUUAUUAAUAUUUUCAGUCGAAAAUGUUUCUGUGGAUAAUUUAUUGUUUUGUUAUUGGAGUUUGAUUCAAAAUUCAAUGAAAUUGAAACAAGAUGAAAUGGCUGGUGAGAUUUAUGAAAUGUUUGAGUUACAAUCAUGAAAAUUAGAAAUUUUCAGCCGUUUACGCAUUGGAAGCCGCAUUUCUAGCUAAAGAUUAUGAAAAACUCAUAAUGUUUCAAAGAGUUAUGCCAUAUGCUUUAAAUGGAACAAAGCGAGUUGACGCAUUACGAUUGUUGAUAUCGAAUUGCAUUGAAAAUGAACAAUAUGAGAAAGUAAGUAGCAUUCCGUGUAUGUUCAACUUGAGAACCAUUAUUUUCAGGCUCUUCAUGAAACAGAUCAAAUCUGGAUGAUAACUUUGAAAGAGAAAAAUAAUCGUCGUGGUGGUUUUGAAUUUGACCCAACUUUGCGAGAUUGCGAAUUGAUUACUAUGUGUAUAUUGAUCUUCCAAGAGGUAAACAAAAAUUUAUUCCCUGAAAAAAAAACCUUUUCAAAAAAUUAUGUGUUGAUGGUUUAUGCUAUUUUGAAUUCAUUAAAUAUCAAGUCUUGUUUUUUUCAGGACAUUGAGAAAAGCGCGAGGCACGAGCAAUUGUUGACAUAUUACACAACAGUUUAUGAAACUAUGGAAAAGGAUGAUAAAAUUGCUGCAAAAUAUAGCGAUCUACCAACAGAUGAGAGACGAGUUUUCAAACAAUUUUUACUUUUUGUGAAGAACAAGGAUAUUGAGGAGGUAAAUUUUCACAAAGUUUUAAGAACUUCCCAAGCGAUAUUUUUAGGCCGCUCAACUUCUUCCGGAUCAUUCUUACAAUGUUUUCAAUAAUUCUACAAAUAACCAUGAGAAAUGUACAUUUUAUUCAGAAUCUUCUUUAACUCUUUGUAAAUUAAUCUUCAAAAGAAUAUGUGAUACUACUUUUCCCGAUUUCUGA